CCGCUUCCCCGUCAACGCUGGCAAAGUUGGGAAUGCAAUGAUUUUGUCACGGUUUUAGAAAAAUAUCUGUCUAAAACCAUUUAUUUUCCAGGAGUAUUUGACAUUUCAACGACUUAUCAUUCAAAUUUGUCCAUUUGCAGCAUCGAUUUAUUAACUAGAGAAGAAAUAUUUUGGUAGCUGGAAUAAAUAAUAAAGAAGACAACACAUUUUAAAAUUACAAAUACAGAUUGUUUGCUUUUUUCCCCCCGACACUAGCGUCCCAAUCAAUGUUUGUAGCUUGUGCAUAAAGUUUGGCAAUCUAGAAUAAAACCGAUUAAAAUGGCGUCCAUGAAAGAUCCCUUUGAAUUCCAGGAUUUUGAUGACUCUGGUAACCUCUUGGGGCACAGUGGAGAUGCUGUCACGAUCAGCAUUGAGGAUGAAGAUGUUAAAUUUGACCCACAGAAAAAGGCUGCUGCCCCAAGUGUAGAUGCAUACGAGGAAGAACCAGUGACCAGCGAUGACCAGACAAAGCUUCUCUCUGGACAAAAGAAAAACGCUGCUUUCUGGACAUUUGAGUACUACCAGCAGUUCUUUGACAUCGACACUUACCAUGUUAAAGAAAGAAUAAUAGGAUCUGUGCUUCCACUACCUAGAAAAAACUUUGUCCACACCUACCUUCGGAGAAAUCCCGAUCUCUAUGGGCCCUUUUGGAUCUGCACCACUCUUGUUUUUGCCAUUGCCAUCAGUGGAAAUAUCUCAACCUUUCUGGUGAAUUUAGGCAAACCACACUACAAGUACACCCCAGAAUUUCGGAAAGUGACUAUAGCUGCCACGGCCAUCUUCAGUUAUGCGUGGCUGGUCCCACUGGCACUGUGGGGUGUCCUGCUGUGGAGAAGCAACAAGGUCACGAACCUGGUGUCAUAUUCCUUUAUGGAGAUUGUGUGUGUGUACGGGUAUUCACUGGCAGUUUACAUACCGGCUGUGAUCAUUUGGAUUCUCCCAUUUAUGUGGCUGCAGUGGUUGUCUAUACUUGUUGCCUUGUGCCUCUCUGGCUCUGUUCUGGUGAUGACGUUUUGGCCCGCAGUUCGAGAUGACCACCCCAAAGUUUACAUCGCCAUCCUUUCCGCCAUUGUCACUUUCAAUGUCCUGCUUGCUGUUGGCUGUAAGAUGUACUUCUUCAGCAAACCAGAAGCGCUUCCUGAAAUAUCCUCAGGUCCCACUGUAGGAGUUAAAUUAUCAACAUAAGUCUAAGCUUCUCCUGUUGCCUUAUUAGCGGGACUCAGGUUGCCGGGGUUGUGAAGUCAUGGGUCGUUUGGAUUUCACAUGCACUUGAACAUUCUACUUCGGGCCCUCAAGAUUCAGCGUGGAGCCUUGUCCAAGCUACAUGACCUUUUGGAAAUGAAACACUGGUACCGAGUAUGUUAUUUCUAAUGGGAUGGGUUCUAAACUUCCUCGGAGAUAAAUGGGUUAUAGUGUUACACGGCGCAUCUCUUUUUAGCAGUUUGGUAGUUUUCCACCUAAUCCUUUAUUUAGUAAACAACUUUGAUUACUGACUGUAUAGACAUUUUUGUAUAUAAUUCAUUAAAUCAAAUGUUUUUUACAAAUGACUGAAAUUAAUAUUGUGAGGUUGAGGUUAAUUAAUAUAGUUUUGUUGUUCUUUGCCUGAGUGCCUAAACACCAAAGAUGCAGUCUAUAUAUUAUGUAAAGUCAUAUUUUUAACUUUUAUAAGUAACUUUGUAAUUAUGAUUUAUUUGUAACAUAUGCAUAUACUGGGAGUAUCUUUCAUGCUAAAAUAAAAGGGCUUAUUGGGAA